AUGUCGUCCAUGCGCAACGCCGUUCAGCGGCGGCAACACCGCGAGCGGGGCCAGCUCGAGGGCCGUGAAAAAUGGGGUCUUCUCGAAAAGCACAAGGACUACUCGCUCCGCGCAAAAGACUACAAUGAGAAGAAAGCCAAAUUGAAGCGCCUCCAAGAGAAGGCCAAAGACCGCAAUGCCGAUGAGUUCAAUUUUGGCAUGGUGGGAGCCAAGAAUGGCCAGCAAGGAAAACAUGGACGUGGUGUCGGCGUAUCGCGAGACUCCGCCGCGGCUCGCGGACUCAGCCACGAUGCGAUCAAGCUGCUCAAGACCCAGGAUCAGAAUUAUCUUCGGACGGUGGGUGAACGGAUACGGCGGGAGAUCGAGCGCCUGGAGCGCGAUACACAGCUGCAGAAAGAAAUGAAUGAGGCCCUGGGCGGGAAGGGCGGGAAGAAAAAGCAAGAGGAAAAUGGAGACGACGAGGACGAGGACGCGUUCGACGGAUUUGAUGAUUUUGAUGAUCUCGACGUGGGCGCCGCGGAGAAGCAGAAGUCACGCAAGGUUGUGUUCGCGGACGAUCGGGGAGACCAGCAGAAUUUGAAACGCCGGCGCGAGGAUGACGAUGCGAUGGACGAGGAUGAGGACGAGGACGAGAAGCCAUCUGCACCUGGCAAGACCCCCAAGCAGCUUGCGGCCGAGAAGGAAGCACUCCGCGAGGCUCGCCGUGCCCGCAAGAUCCGAAAGCGGGCCACCGAGGGCCGAGAGAACAAGCUGGCGGCGCUGCGCAGGCAGUAUGCGGAGAUCCAAAAAGCCGAACGUGAGGUCGAAUUGCAGCGGGGCAAGAUGGACCGCUCCGUUGGAGGAACCAACAAGCAUGGGCUCAAGUGGAAGAUCCGUGAGCGAAAGCGCUGA